GGUGACAACCCCGUCUCUGAGGAGAUGCUCCCGAGGAGGAAGGAGGGAGCCACGGCAAAGCUGGGAGCGGCUCACGCCCAGCGCAAUCACACAAACAGCCCCUGAAUCCAUAAUCCGCUUCGUCUUGUCGGCCACCUCACCCUCCCUGGGUGUGCCUGAGCCGCCUUUGCUCCCGCUCUCCUCUGUAACGUGAUUCUAAAACUACAUUAGAAAAAUAAUAAUAAUACAGAUGUUUCAUCGCAAUCCUGUUGUAAGCCCAGAUGUAUUAGAAGGGAUUUAUAACUGUAGGAAGGCGGGAGCAGGGAUGACUACAGGGGUGCGCCUUGCGAGAGAGGCUUUGGGCAGCAGAAAUCCUUCCAUUCGCUACACAGGGUGAGGAGAGGAGCAACGCUUACGGAACCGAGAAGCUACCACUAAACGACCCGGAAAGAAAACGACAAUAACAAUAAUAACAUGACCAACCCACGGGCUUUACAACGCGCCGCGUGACGGGGUGAGGAUCACCCCACCCUCCGCCUGCCGCUGCCGCGUCGUCCCGCCGCGGCGCAAGAUGGCGGCGCGACUGCUCCGCCUGUGCCGGUCGUUGAGGGCCGCUGGCCCCCGGCCCUUCUCUGUCCAGGCCAGUCCUCUGCAAACUGAACAGCAUGGCACAAAGCGCGCAGAACCAUCUUCUGCUAAAAGUUUGACUGAUAUAGGCACUCGGAGGAUCUUCUCAUCAGAUCAUGAUAUCUUCAGGGAGAGUGCCAGGAAGUUCUUUCAGGAAGAAGUGCUGCCUUUUCACACAGAAUGGGAGAAGGAUGGCCAGGUGAGCAGGGAGCUCUGGGAAAAGGCUGGACAACAGGGUUUGCUGGGUGUUGCUAUUGCUGAAAAACAUGGGGGCAUCGGAGCGGAUAUUCUCUCUUCAGCUGUGGUCUGGGAGGAGCAGAUGUAUGUUAACUGUACUGGCCCAGGAUUCAGCCUUCAUUCAGAUAUAGUCAUGCCCUACAUUGCAAACUAUGGUUCUGAAGAACAGAUUAAACGCUUUAUCCCUGAAAUGGUUGCAGGCAAGUGUAUUGGAGCUAUUGCCAUGACAGAACCUGGGGCUGGCAGUGACUUGCAGGGAAUACGAACAUAUGCAAAAAAGGAUGGAAGUGACUGGAUUCUUAAUGGGAGUAAGGUAUUUAUCACAAAUGGUUGGAUGAGCGAUGUUGUGAUCGUGGUUGCGGUUACAAACCGGGAAGCCCGAUCUCCUGCUCAUGGGAUCAGCCUUUUUCUGGUGGAAAAUGGAACCAAAGGUUUCAUCAAAGGACGCAAGCUGAACAAGAUUGGCCUGAAAGCUCAAGACACAGCAGAGCUGUUUUUUGAAGAUGUGCGGUUGCCAGCCAGUGCCUUGCUUGGAAAAGAGAACAAAGGCUUCUAUUAUCUGAUGGCAGAGCUCCCUCAGGAAAGACUGCUAAUUGCUGAUAUGGCUCUUGCCAGUUGUGAAUUCAUGUUUGAAGAAACAAGGAAUUAUGUGAAGCAAAGAAAAGCUUUUGGGAAGACAAUUGCACACUUGCAGACGGUACAGCACAAGUUGGCAGAAAUGAAAACGCAGAUUUGCGUGGGCCGAGCUUUUAUGGACAACUGUUUGCAGCUGCAUGCAGAUAAACGUCUGGACUCCUCCACAGCUUCUAUGGCAAAGUAUUGGUCUUCUGAUCUCCAAAACAACAUAGCUACUCAGUGUGUGCAACUGCACGGAGGAUGGGGGUACAUGUGGGAGUAUCCAAUAGCAAAAGCUUUUGUGGAUGCCCGUGUUCAGCCAAUCUAUGGUGGUACCAAUGAAAUAAUGAAAGAACUUAUUGCUAGAGACAUUGUCAGUGACAGGUAGGGCAGAUGCUUACUACUUUGGAGAGUCUUCUAGAAUCCUUUUGUGUCAAUAUAUGGCAUAAAAUCAGACAUCAGAAUGUAAGUAAAAUGAAUGUGGUGUAUUGUAUUCUUUCAAGGAAGUGACACUUUUUAAAAAAAAAAAAAGUGUUAGUAACAGUGCACUCGUAUGCAGGAUAUCUAAUAUUUAAUGAACCUUCAUUUUAAAUAUCUUUGGACAACACAGAGUAGUUCUCUGGGUUCCAAAACUUCUGGUAGUGAAAGGCAAUUUUGUGUCUGGAACAUUAUGGGUAGCUCAGUCUUUCAGACUUGACGCCAUUAUAUUGAAUCUAACCCUCACUCUUCAGAAUCAAUCUCUUCUCCAGAGAAGCCAUGUUCUUAACAUUUAACUUUUGUUUAUUUGUUAAUAUAAGUGUGAAUUUGUAUUUCCCCUUGAGAAGUAUCACUGUGGUGAAGUAGAACAUGAAACUUUGGCUGCUGUUCCUAUAUGCACACGUGGUUACUGCCCAGCAGCCACCGGCUGUAGGGGGAGGGAAUGAAUGUAUGACUGACCACUAUGUUUACCUGUAAUCCAGAAUGCCUUAUUUUAAUUACUUUCUCCACAUAAAAUAUAAUAAAGCAUUUCUAUGCAAUCUCA